UACAUGACAUAAAAAUAUUACAUUGUGAUAUUGAAGUAAAAUGAUUAAUGUUUUCGCCAUUUAUCAAACAAAUUAGGAGCAUAAGAUUGUGUUGGGAGGUAAAAAUAUGAAUUAAUAGAUUGAUGAGCUUGGAGCUCCAUCAUUUUCUUUCAUUCAGAAUUACUAAGCAUGAUCAAGGUGGUUGUAUCUAAUGUGAGAGAGCAGGGGAGCUGCUCCAUUCUUGAAUCAAGGUGUUUGUGGCGCGAGAAGGGAGGCCAUCUGUGACGAGUAUUUUGCUGCAUUAAGUAGAGAAGCUUAAAAGUUAAUUUGGAAGUUGAAUGCUUGAUGGUAAGUUAAAGAAAAGCUUACUGGAGGAAUUUGCUUGUAUUUCUGCAGAAGUGUAUUGUGGGGUCAUAAGUGGCUACUUUUUUGGUUGCAGUUUACAAACGUUGUCAUUUUUUGUUGUAGGAUGAUACCCGUAAUACUCAUGGUGUAAAUUUUGUUGCAGUUUUUAUCAAAAGGUACCGUUGUAAGCUAGAGAUCUAUAAGUGGAGAAGGUUUUUGUGAUACUGGAUGUAUUUGCUUGGACUUUUGUGGAAGUCCCAUUUGGGAGUCGUAAGUGGCUAACUUUUGUCACUGUAGUUUCCUAACUUUGUGAUUGGUAACUGUAGGAUGAUAAGAGCAGUGCCUAUGCAUUUUUUUUUCCAGCUUUUUGUUCAAUAGGUACUGAUCUUAUAGUUGCAACAGUAAAAUUUGAUGUCUUGGACGCCAGUAGUAAAAAAUGGUUUAGUAUAGCAUUUUGUUUGUUGCGCAAAAUCUGUGCAGUAUAGAUCAGUUUCCGUUCCUCUUAAAUGCCUGGAAGUUUUUUUUUUCUGGAGCAUGCCUGGAAGUAUUUUGAAGUUUUGUGUUUUCAAAAAUGCUGCCGUUAAUUCAUUUAGUUAUUUUUAUUGAGCCUUUGAUGUAGCUAGCUAUUUGUACUAGUUGUAUGCAUUGAUUGGCAACCAUAUAAAGAGCUACUGUGCCUUGGUUAAAUCAGCGGUGAAGCCACCCUAACAAACCUGUCUUGUGGGAUGGAGAAAACCUCAAAUCGGAUAGGUGAAGAGAAAUGUUGAUGGGGCCUCUUCAUACAACCCUGGAAAUGCCGGAAUGGGUGGAGUGAUUAGGGAUGAACAAGACUGUUAUCUAUCAGGCUUUAUGGCUAAUCUGGAUAAAAAAGCAAUGUGGUGGCAGAAUUUUGGGGGAUGAACUACGGAGACUCCAUGGCAUGGAAUAUGGGAUACAAAAAGAUUACUCUGGCGUUGGACUCACAAGUUGGGAUACAAUUGGUAGGUGAAUCAAUCACCUACCAUUGGACUCACUUUAUACAAUUGGUAGGUGAAUCAAUCAGACACUGGAUAAACCAAGUGUGGGAGUGUAAGAUGGAGCAUUGCAGGAGAGAAACGAACAUGGCUGCUGAUUGGUUAGCAAAGCAAAAUCUUAAUAGUCAGCUAGGUUUACAAGUAUGUCCGGAACCUUCUACUCAUCUUAAGCAAAUCCUGUUAGCUGAUGUAAUUUAGGUGGCAUACCCACAUCACGCAGGGGACCUAUAGUCCUCCACUGGAGCACCAAAAAAAAAAAAGGGAGAGGAGCUAUUGUGAAUAAUUGAACUGCAUCAUCUUGACUUAAGCGGAAAGGGAGAAAUGUUCGAUCUCCUGUCUUGAAUCAAAAACUACUGAAGAUGCUCUCUUUGGCUGCUUGUCCUCCUGUCCCUCUUCUUCGUCCAUCUCCUCUAAUUUUUAUCUUGUUAUGCAAAUUGUGAAUCUUCUCCUUUGUCUCCUUUUACUUUUCCGUUCUACCUUUCUGAGAUAUGCUGCUGCAUGAGCUGGGAAUCAGUUCUAAAUCUCUGCAGUUGGUUAUAAGUUUUCUGACAUUAAUUGCUGCAUUUAGUGUCCAAAUAAUGGUGAGUUUUCUGAAUUUUAUGGCCAAAAUGCUGGAAAUGGUUAUUCUGAAAUUGUUGAAUGACUUCGUAGUUAUGUGACUAUUUGUGACGGAACUUUAUGUGCUGCUGGAACAUUUACCAGUACCAUACUUUAGAUUCUGGUUAUUGCCAAAGGUAAUGACAAAGACGGGGCAGACACAUGGGUGGUGGAUAGGGGGAACACGUGGACAUGGAUAGGGGGGACGCUAAAAACAGAGUAUUGAUUUUUUCUUCAAUUCCUGCAGUCUUUCCAGAUAAACCUCCAAUUGAAGCUCAAAAACAACAGGCUUUCAGCUUCUAGUAGGACUACUUGUUUGGGGUAAGUUGCAGUUCAAUACUCUGCUCUUCGAUCGUUCAAUUUCUAUGUACAUUUUCAUAUAUAUUGUUGAUUCUCAAAAUUUUGUGCUAUUAUUUGCUUAUAAUGAUGAAAAUUUGGUGUUUUAAAGAUGUGGGUUUUUCUAUUUCUGCUGUGCGGAUGAGGGGUUUUGGGUGGGUUGGGUUGGUGGGAGAUGGUUUAGGUAUCAUAUAUGUUGAUGAAUAACCAUUUCCUAGGAAAAUGUUUUGCUUUGAUUUUCACUUCAAUAGUUUAUUUGUUCAUUAACUAGUAAUGGGCAAUUCUUGGGUUUUUCUUUUUUUUUCCCUUUUUCGAGAAUGCAAAACUUAAGAUGAGAAAGUAAAAGUUGGGGUUGGCCUCCAUGCAUUUGUUUAGAUAUAUAUCCUGGAAACUAUUGGAUAAUUUUUUAACAUCAUUACUUAAGGAAAGUUUGUAGCUUUUAGAUUUUUUGUUUUGGUUUUAAUUGAUUAAGAACAGUGAGCAGUUGAAUUGCUAUAAGAGAUGGAUACAAGUUCUUUGUCUUACCAUAUCAUGAUUGGUUUUAAAGAUAUAUGACUAUCUGUGUGAAUGUUGGUUUACAUUCCUCGCUACAUAAAUGAGGUUGUCGCAAUACUAUGGACAUAGGGGGGUGUGAAAUGGUUUGUUGCUAAUGGUUUUAUUGCAUCAAGAUAUGAACUUGAAUCAAGGCCUGUGGUCUAAGUGUAGUCAGUUUGCUUGCGGAUUGUCUGUUGUUUGAGCUGUUUGUUGUUCAUCAAGAUAUACGUCUACUAUUUGUUGCAUACUUCCUUUUCGAGUCAUUCUUCCUGAAUUCUGAGUCUUUAACAAACAAUUGAGCAAUUUCAGGUUUAGUACUAAGCUUUCCUUGAAGUAUUGCCCACGCCCAUUUGUGUUAUAGAUUCUGUUGAAUAGGACUUCUUCUCAAUGAGGGCAUCUUGUUGAGACUAGAAGAAUCAAGGUUCCUCCCGAAGUGGCUCGUUUAUGGUGUUUUUUCCUUCCAUGAAAUUGCUGGAAAUUGGAAAAGCAGAAUUAUGAAGAGUCCCGUUUCUUGUACGAUUCAAGUUCCUGUUCAGUUACCCUUACAUAGGCCCAAGGAGAUGUGGAGCACCAGAGUGAAUCCUCUCUUACAUUUCAAAUUCGUGAAUUGUAGUUUCUUUUCUAUGCAGGAGGUCUCAAGUGUAAUUACCUGUGCUGAAAAGGCAAGAAGAACCGUUGUCAAUGACACAAAUUCUCCUGAAGAUGUAUGUGAAUAUGGAUCAUUUGACAGGAAAUCCACAAAAAUGGUCAGAAAGAUGGGGAAGAAAGAACAUCACUUGUGGCAGAAAAGAGAUUCUGCUAGGUCUGGCCAGAAAGCACUAAAUCUUGUUCGAAAUAUUUCUGGACUUCCAAAUGAAAAAGAGGCUGUGUAUGGUGCACUGGAUAAAUGGAUAGCUUGGGAGGCAGAGUUUCCUUUGAUUGCUGCAGCUAAGGCGCUAAGAAUCUUAAGGAAAAAGAGUCAAUGGGUUAGAGUAAUACAAUUUGCCAAGUGGAUGCUUAGCAAAGGCCAAGGGACAACCAUGACAACAUAUGACUCCCUUCUGUUGGCAUUUGAUAUGGAUUGCAGGAUAGACGAAGCUGAAAGACUAUGGAAUAUGAUUUUGCACAUUCAUACCCGCUCUACCUCUAAGAAGCUAUUUUCUAGGAUGAUAUCCUUGUAUGAUCAUCACAAUAUGCCAGACAAGGUUAUUGAGGUAUUCGCGGACAUGGAAGAGUUGGGGAUCAAGCCAGAUGAAGAUUCUCUAAGAAAGAUUGCACGUGCAUUUGGAACAUUAGGUCAAGUAGACAAAAAGAAACUAGUUCUUGAUCGCUACCAAGGUAAAUGGAAGUAUAUCCACUUCAAUGGAGAGCGUGUUAGGGUGAGAAGGAUCCAUUGUGAUGAAUAAGCUACUGAAAGAAGUGACCAAUUAAAUUUGAGACUAGUUCUGAUGUUGGUACAUGUUCUGCCCCAGUAGUUUACGCAUCCCUUUUAGCAAUGUACAUAGGCCAUUGGCUAAAUGAUAACUAUGUUGAUAACAAGAAAUCUAGUGAUUUGUCAUGUUGUAUAGGUAAAAGCAGCAGUUGGUAGAAUUGGAUGAAAUAAUUCGUUUUGUAGCUAUUAUUUUCUUUCAUUCAAGAACAUUAGAGCAUCUGUUGUGGUCUUGGACACGGCUGCGGAUGGUUAUUCGAUACCAUUCCUGGAAAUUGGUGUUUAUCUUGAAAAUAGCAAGUGCAAUUUCAAUGGCUACGGGCGUGUGGCUCU